AUGAUGUCUAGAUUGGGAGCACCAGCGAAAGAGAGUUCACUAGUGUCGCUACACUAUCCAAUGCUCACGAGGAGCAACUACACAACAUGGGUGAUUAAGAUGAAGGUGUUCGUGCGUGCACAAGGCAUUUGGGAUGCUAUCGAGCACGAGGACCUGAAGGAAAAGGUGGACAUGAAGAAGUAUCAGAUAGCUCUCACCGCCAUCUAUCAAGGCAUCUCGGAGGAGACGCUGUUGGCAAUAUCCGAGAAGGAAACUUCCAAGGAGGCAUGGGAAUGCAUCAAGAUGAUGUACCAAGGUGCCAAAUGCAUCAAGGAUGCUCGUGUUCAAACCCUUAGAGAAGAGCUAGAUGGCUUGCAGAUAAAGAGCACGGAGUCGGUCGAUGACUUUGUAAUGAAGGUGAAUUCCAUCGCCAGCACGAUUCGUGGGCUCGGGGACAAGAUGGAGGACUCGUAUGUGGUAAGGAAGAUCCUCAAAGCCACACCAAACAAGUUCUUGCAGAUUGUCGCUUCAAUCGAGCAAUUCGGUGACCUCGAGACCAUGACAGUCAAGGAGGUCUUUGGCAGGCUCCGGGCGUACGAAGAAAGGUUGCGUGACAAUGACAAAGAUGUCGACAUCAAUGCUGAGCAUUUGUGCUCACCCGAGAGCAAUGGAGGGUUAAGGAGCAGAAGAAUGCUGGUGAAGGCUCCUCCAACAGUGGCGGACAAGACAGCAAGAAUUGGAAAUUCGACAAGGCUAAAGUGA